CCAGCCCUCCACGCUCCUGCAGCGCCAAGCCGGCUCCCCAGCGCAGUCGGCUGAACGCAAACCACUGAGAGUUUGCUGCGCAACCCCUUGGGGCCUGGGGCUGCCGAGUCCCGCUAAGGCAGAGAAGCCGGCAGAGCGAGCAAGCGCAGCGGAAGACAAACACGCGGGCGCGCGAGGGAAGCCCCAGGAGGGCAGCCGGGUGGCGAGGCUUGACAGGCGACAGUCACUACGUCCGGGGUCGCCUCUCCCGCGGCGGACUGCGUGAGGAAACGCGCUCCGAAAAGUUCUAGACCGCAGGAGGCGGCGUCCCCACCAGUCCCCUCCUUGCGGCGCUCCAGGAAAAGGAACUUGAUCUACUGGCAGGCUCCAGCUGCUCGCUGAACGUGAGAGCGGAUAGUGCCACCGGCCCCGGGGUGGGGAGCCGCGAGUGGGAGCCGCGAGCCAGGCUUCAGGUGGAGGGCACUGGGCAGCGGCCAGGGACCCCGAUGCCGGCGGCUAACAUGAUGGAGAACCUGCAGCUGCCCGCUCUGCAGGUGCCCGAGCCGCAGGGCGCGCCCGAGGGCAGUGCGGUGUGGUCCAGUUCGUCCACCCCCACGCUCCGCCGCCGGCGCUUUAAGAUGCGCCGAAUGAAGAACGUGCAAGAGCAGAGCCUGGAAGGUGGACUGGUAACCCCAGAUCUACCCGGCGUCCUGGCCCCGGGCAAGGAGUUCCUGCAGCUGCCGUCCAUUGAGAUUACGCCCUCCAGCGACGAGGACACCCCGUGGUCCAACUGCUCCACACCCAGCGCGUCCCCGCGCCGAAAGCGCUUCCUGCUCCGCAAGUGGCUGCGGGUGAGGGAGCGGAAGGAGUGCAGUGAGAGCAGCAGCCAGCAGAGCAGCCAGCAGAGCAGCCACGACGAUGACUCCAGCAGGUUCCUGAGUCCCCGAGUGCGCCAAGAAAGCACUGCCAGUAACUCCAACCGCAGCACGCCGGCCUGCUCCCCCAUCCUCCGGAAGAGGUCCCGCUCGCCAACGCCACAGAACCAGGACGGAGACACCAUGGUGGAGAAGGGCUCAGAUCACUCCUCGGACAAGUCCCCAUCCACCCCGGAGCAGGGCGUGCAACGCAGUUGCUCUUCACAAUCUGGUCGAAGUGGUGGCAAAAAUUCCAAGAAAAGCCAGAGUUGGUACAAUGUAUUAAGCCCCACUUACAAGCAGAGAAAUGAAGACUUCAGAAAGCUCUUUAAGCAACUUCCAGACACGGAGCGCCUCAUUGUUGAUUACUCUUGUGCACUCCAAAGAGACAUUCUUCUUCAGGGCCGACUCUACCUCUCAGAAAACUGGAUCUGCUUCUACAGCAACAUCUUCCGAUGGGAAACUUUGCUAACUGUCCGUUUGAAAGACAUUUGCUCCAUGACUAAAGAGAAAACAGCUCGCCUCAUUCCCAAUGCCAUCCAAGUCUGUACUGAUUCAGAAAAGCACUUUUUUACUUCAUUUGGGGCCCGGGAUAGGACAUACAUGAUGAUGUUCCGGCUCUGGCAGAAUGCUCUCCUUGAAAAGCCCCUAUGCCCCAAGGAGCUCUGGCACUUCGUCCACCAGUGCUACGGGAACGAGCUGGGUCUCACCAGUGACGAUGAGGACUACGUGCCUCCAGACGAUGACUUCAACACCAUGGGCUACUGUGAAGAGAUCCCCGUAGAAGAGAAUGAAGUGAAUGACAGCUCAUCCAAAAGCAGCAUAGAGACCAAGCCGGAUGCCAGCCCACAGCUGCCCAAGAAGUCCAUCACCAACAGCACGCUGACCUCUACGGGAAGCAGUGAAGCCCCUGUCUCGUUUGAUGGCUUGCCGCUGGAGGAAGAGGUGAUGGAGGGUGAUGGGUCCCUGGAGAAGGAGCUUGCCAUCGACAACAUCAUAGGAGAGAAGAUCGAGAUCAUUGCCCCUGUGACCUCCCCUUCGCUGGACUUCAACGACAACGAGGAUCUCCCGACCGAGCUCAGUGAUUCCUCAGACACCCACGAUGAAGGAGAGGUCCAGGCCUUCUAUGAGGACCUGAGUGGAAGACAGUAUGUGAACGAGGUCUUCAACUUCAGUGUGGACAAACUCUACGACCUGCUCUUUACCACCUCACCUUUCCUUCGGGACUUCAUGGAGCAGCGGCGCUUCUCUGAUAUCAUCUUCCAUCCCUGGAAAAAGGAGGAGAAUGGAAACCAGAGCCGCGUGAUCCUCUACACCAUCACCCUCACUAACCCCCUGGCUCCCAAAACCGCCACUGUCAGGGAGACACAGACCAUGUACAAGGCGAGUCAGGAGAGUGAAUGCUACGUGAUAGAUGCUGAAGUCCUUACUCAUGAUGUGCCAUACCACGAUUACUUCUACACCAUCAACCGCUACACCCUCACCCGCGUGGCCCGGAACAAGAGUCGACUCAGGGUUUCCACAGAGCUCCGCUAUCGAAAACAGCCCUGGGGCUUUGUAAAAACUUUCAUCGAGAAGAACUUCUGGAGCGGAUUGGAGGACUACUUCCGCCAUUUAGAGUCUGAGCUAACCAAAACAGAGAGUACCUACCUGGCUGAGAUGCACAGACAGUCACCCAAGGAGAAGGCCAAUAAGUCUUCAGCAGUACGGAGGAGGAAGCGCCCCCAUGCCCACCUGCGGGUACCUCACCUGGAAGAGGUGAUGAGCCCUGUCACCACACCCACUGAUGAAGAUGUGGGCCACAGGAUCAAGCACGUGGCAGGUUCCACACAGACGCGGCAUAUCCCCGAGGACACUCCCCAUGGUUCUCACCUACAAAGUGUGUCCAAGCUGCUGCUGGUUAUCAGCUGUGUGAUCUGUUUCAGUCUGGUGCUGCUGGUCAUCCUUAACAUGAUGCUCUUUUACAAGCUGUGGAUGCUGGAAUACACCACACAGACCCUCACUGCCUGGCAGGGUCUCCGGCUCCAGGAAAGGUUACCCCAGUCACAGACAGAAUGGGCCCAGCUAUUAGAAUCCCAACAAAAGUACCAUGAUACCGAGCUCCAGAAGUGGAGGGAGAUCAUCAAAUCCUCAGUGAUGCUCCUGGACCAGAUGAAGGACUCACUCAUCAACCUUCAGAAUGGCAUCAGGUCCCGAGACUACACGUCUGAAAGCGACGAGAAGAGGAACCGCUAUCAUUGACAAGGCAGGACCAGGAGUGGCUGCAAGAGGCCUGUGCAAUACAUGUACAUAGACCCUAUAAAUAUAUAUAUAAAUAUAUAUAUAUACAGAAUAUAAAUAUAUAUUAUAUACAGAUUUUAAAAAAAUGAGAUAAUGCCUAUGUACCAGGGAGAAGGAGCGGGAACUCCCGCCCCCUGUGCCGGCCAGAGCAGCGUUUUCCCUCCACCGUGGAGGGACCGAGGAGGGCAGGGACCACCUCUCAGCAUCAACCUCCCCUGACCCUCCUCUUCCCAUCUUUUGUUCCUCACCCCUUCCCUUGCUGGCCAUUCUUGGCCCUUAGAAGGGAAAUGUGGCUGAGCCAAAGUUAAUGCCUGUGAAGACCCUUAGGUCUUCAAAGACGUUCCAAGAGGGCAUUGCUUACGGUGCUUCAUUCCCUAACCCUCUUUUGAUUUGUCUCCAGAGUAAAAGAGAACCUGUUCUUCCCCCCACCCAGUGCUCCCCCAGGCCUUCUCUUGGGAACAGGAAGAAUGGAGAGGGCAGGAGCCCCAUCCAAAGUCCCCCAGGAGACCAUUGGUUAGGACCACACUGAAAGCCAGGUGGCGAGGACUGUGAAGAGGCUGCAUUUGUGGGCCUGGGCUGUGGGGCUGCAGGCUCCUCAGCUCUGGCAUCUGAAGGGAAUUCUCCUCAGCCACCCCCACACCUUCUUCUGACCUGAGUAGGUUGUGGAACCCACAAGGGCUGGGACUUUCUAACUCUCCCACUCCCUUUCUCUGCUCUUCUCCCAGGCUGGCUCUGGAGAAGUGUCACUUUUAGUGCCUAAGGUCCUAGUGUUUCUCUGUGCCCUAAGAGCACAUUGUUUCUUAGCCAGGGUAGAGCCUUUUUGACCUUGUUUAAAAAAAACAAAACAAAACAAAAAACAAGAACCUCUUUUAGUGGUUAUAAACCAGUCAGGUCUGUGGCUCUAAUUCUUUCCCUUUGAGCUGUGAGUUUGAUGUCCAGGGUAAGUCAGGGUGUCCUAGUCCCUCCAGGUUUUAGGAGACAGAGAACAUUCUAGAAACAUGGAUUACAGGGCUUACCCAGAAUCCCAUAUGAGUAGUGAGCACAGUAGCCAAGCCACGCACAGGGCUAACAGCAUCGUUAACUCUUGGUCAAGAACCAGUGUUAGCAAUAGAGGCCGUUGUGUGGGAAAAUGUGUGAACCACCGGAGGGAGGAUUUGGCACAGAUGCGUGUGUUUGGUUAGGGAGAGGCCAAGUGAAACCUGGCCCCCACAGAGGCCACCUCAGUUGUUUCUCAGGUUUAGGAGUGGGGGCUCUGAUGGGUGUGUGUGUGUGUGUGUGUAUGUGUGUGUGUGUGUGUACGCAAAUCUCUUUAUAAUCUCUGGCCCCAGUGAGCUAUAAGGUCACCAAGAAAUUUGAACCAGUCAGGGCCUGGCCUUCUUAUGUUAGCCCUUCAGGACUCAGGCUUUUACAUGAUCUCAAGGGGCACUUCGGGGCAGAUUCAUCAUCUCUGCUCUUCCGUCUGGUGACUCAAGGACUCCUGCCAGUCCCAGGCAGAGCUCAUGUUGGUCCAUAGUAGUAAAGAACUGCUUCCAGGUUGGCACGGAAGCUUCUCUGAGCUGGCCACUUCUCAAGUCCAGAGGAAGACAGAACCACAGAUUUCCCACAGCAUCGGUACAAAGGGAGCAAGAUGGUGCUGGUUAUCGACGCCAAAGAGAAAGUUACCUUCUCCUCUUAGCAUUGUCAGAACAUUCCAUUUGGGCAGUGAAAGAAAGAAAGGCAUUGGUAUUGCAGUGUCCUGGAGAGAUAGGCCUUGGUGUUUCUUGAAGGGCAGAAUCAGAAAAUAGGAUGUAACCCUGACUCAUCCUCUGAUGGCGGGAGAAGAAGGCUCAGGGCACCUAGCUAGCAUCACUAGCGCUCUUCCGGGAAAACAGGGGUGAAGAAAUGCAUUCAUUGUUCCUUUAGAGUGGCCAAAGCCCAAAGGCCAGUUGGUUGUCACUUGGUUGUUGUUCAGGGUUUUGAGGGCUUUGCUGGUGAUGGUCUAGACCCACGAGCCCUGAGACAAAGAAGGGAGAAAGAUCCCAUUUGAAAUGCUAGGCAGUUUCCUCUUGAAAUAGCCAGAAGCUAAAAGUAUUCCCAGAAACUUUGGAAAGCAAGAUUGGAAAUUCCAAAUUUAUUGCGUUUGUAGUUAUUUACUUAAGUUGAGUUGUUCAAGUAGCUGUGGAUCCUUUCGGAUGAUUUCAAAGGUGUCCACUGGGGGUGAGGGGCCAGUAAAGUUACAGAAGAAGCCCUGACCACAGAGAGCUGCUUUUCUUUGACCUGCAGUAUCAUUUAGAGAAGGAAAACCCCUGAUUUGUCCUAGAAAGCCUUCUGUUUUCUGAUGAACCCAUAUGAUUUUAUAUAUAUAUAUACGUAUAUAUACAUAUAUAUACAUAUAUAUGUAUAUAUAUGUAUAUAUAUAAUCAUAUGAAGAAUAGCUCCCAGGAUCCUAGCUUUCCUAUGAGUUGCUUUUGUCUUAGCAUUAGCUUGGGCUUUUAAACCAGGAAGAAACCAACAACUCGGUUUGUUCCCAAACACACCCCCCUCCCCACCCUUAGUCAAUACUUUGUGAGAGAGAAGGGAACUCAACCUUUUGCAACCAAAACAAGUGCCCUGGACGAUAGCCCGGCACAUAGCUAGCUGUCUGCAGGAGGUCAUGGAAGCUGGCAUGCCUUGGGUGCCUUCUUCCAGCUGGCAGGUUUUCUCUGUUUGUCCAUUGUAGAUAUAUAUUGAUCUUUCUGUAUGGAUUUGUAGGCAAGAUAGUCAAGUGCUUUCAAUGGACCAAGAGUGGCGAGAUCUGGGCUUGAGUCUUGACUGUGCUGUUGGAAAGUUGUGCGACCUUGGUUAAGUCCCCAUCACCAAGCUUCACGAUCCACUUGUCACAGAAGAGGGUCAGUAAAUGACCUCUAAUGUGGGUUCUAGGUUUGACCUUGACUCCAAGAUUAGACCAGAGACUAAUGAGAUGUGGAGUUCCCAAUUCUGAAAGCUGUCCUGCCAGGGCAGAUGAGCUUUGCUCUUGACUAGGAGGUCUAGGGGGGUCCCAGUGGCAGGGAUAGCCUUGCUCAGCAUUAACCCAGGAGAAUGUUCCUUCCUCCUUUGACCUAGGUUUAGUUUGGAGUUGGUUUAUGCUUAGAGGAGGAUAACGGCAAGCAGUGUAUCAUUUUGGACCGAGUCCAUCUUCCAUCUCCAGGCACUGUGAAUCCUCUCUACUGUUCAUACUCCUUCCUCACUGACGCAAGACACAAUGGGAAGAAGCCAUUCCCAGUUCUAGAACUUCUGUUUGCCUCAGCCAAAACCCUGAUGUGGUUUGCAUAAAUUAGGAAACUUUUGCUAAAAUCCUUGGCUUGCCUUUGGGCACUGGCAUCAAGGAGUGGGGAGCACUGGGGAACCUCAAGAAGAAUUUGCCACAAGUGGAUUCUCUACUUGUCCAUAGCCCCUCACCUAUGCUGGGACUGGCCUACUAUUGUCAUUGGCAGCAACUGUAAGAUGAGGUGUUGGGGAAAUGACUGUCUAGGGGAAGACUCUUUCUGGACAGUUGUGCUCCCAGACGGGUCCUUUCUGGGCCAUACCAUCCUGCUUCCUUAGCACUGCAGGGCAGCCAAAGCCAGCCCUUCUCUAUAGGGCCUAGGAGAAAUAGCGCUCUUCUCUCUUCCCCCAGGUGGCAGGGCUGUGGUGGCCCUUCCUACACACCUGGACUCUGCCUGCCCUCUCCAGGACUCUCUCCCUCGCCCCAGCCCCACCCCUGUCUCUUAAGCUAUGGGGCAAUCAUUCCCAUUUUUCCUUUGCUGUUCUCCACCCUCGUCCCACCGCCUUCGCCCCACUCCAGCAGGCUGGCCCUACUUCCCUUCCAUCUCCGAGUCUUCUUCCAGAAGAUGCAUUUGGGUCUCAGAGGAGUGUUUUCUGGAAGGCCAUCUUUCCACAUCCCUGCAUUCCUGAUGUGAAUCAGGGAUUUGCACUUGGUGUAGAGAGCCUCCUCUCCCACCUCUCUGCCCCACCUCGUUACCUCACUCCUGCUCCAGCCAUUGUGAUGGGCUCAGCCAGCAACUUGUUCUGAUGUGCCGUGCUACAGCUCAGGGGUCUUGUGACUUGGAGGUCCUCAGCAGGCCUGGGAGCCCGGAUUGGAGCCUUGGCUGCCGGUGAGAUGCACUUACCUGCCAAGAUUUGCUGAUGCCAGACGAUCUCCCCAGCAUGUGGAUGCGUAAUGGACAUUGUCAUCUCUGCCCUUUGGUCCUCCUUGCUUCUCUCAAUACAAUAAGACACCUCAGAAGCAAAAUGGCGGCCCUUGCUCCAGGCAGGACAUCUGACCGUCUGGGGAGUUGGCCCUGGGCUUCUGUGUUGUGUGCAAAGACUGCACAGUCACUUUUGCCAACAAGAAUGUGUGGCACCCCACAUUUCCUCACCUUGCACUCUAGGGCCAGACCACUCUCUGCAUGGACCACACCCCCAAACCCAUGGUGCUUUUUUUCUCCCCUCACUCAACCUAGACCCUGAGGUGGGGAGGGAUGGAUCAGAGGCCAUAGUGGCCCCAUGGAUAUUCCCGACAUGGGGUGGAAUAGGGUGAGCUAGAGGGAGCAGCACCCAGCACCUGCACUGGACCACAAGUGGGAAAGGACACGGGUUGCUUGCAGUUGAGUUGUCUGGCCGUCUGUAUUGGGAUCGAUAACUGUACUUUGCCUGGCGCUGUGCGCAAGGUCUGAAAACUUCCUGCUAGUCCCUAGAAACAUACAAGGCUACCCAGCCAAAUCUUAAUGUAAAGUAGCUAGAGCCAUGGAAGUCCAGUCUGAAUUAAAGGAAAAAAGUAUUGAAUUACAAAUAA